AUGGAGAUAUUUUACCUGGCACUCGUCAUGACAAUGUAUACAGUCGGGUGGAUCUGUUCCAUACGUACCGAGUACGUUGCUGCCCAAGAGUUUCUAGACGAGGAACACGGAAUCCCUCAAUCUGUCGAUGUACACGACAACAAUAUCUACGCCCUGGGUAGGAUGCGAGAUCAUAAUGUGGUCAUUGUGCUCUUGACAGACGGGAAAGACCGGACAUCUUCCGCAGCAGCUGUCGCGCGAGACAUGUUACAUAGUUUUCCCAAUAUCAGAAUUGGGCUCACGGUCGGCGUCGCAAGUGGUGCUCCGAGCCAACAGCAUGAUAUUCGCCUGGGCGAUAUCGUGGUGAGUUCUCCGGGUAAUGGAAAGGGUGGAGUAUUCCAGUCAGAUUUCGGAAAACAGAUACAAGACAGAGAUUUUGAAAUGACGGGGUUCUUGAACCAGCCACCAACGCUGCUACGGAACGCGGUCAAUGGUCUGCGCGCGGAUAUCGAGGCAAAAGGGCAUCGUUUCGAACAGGCCAUUGAUGAUAUCAUUUCGCGCAACCAAAGGUUGCAGAAGAAAUUUCAACGCCCGGGACCGGAUGCGGACAAACUCUUCAGAUCUGAUAUUGUGCAUUCCUCACUUUGUACCGACUCCUGUACUGAUGAUCCGUCUUUACUGAUUCCGCGCGCGGAACGGACCGAAGAAGACGACAACCCCGCUGUUCACUAUGGUUUAAUUUGCUCCGGAAAUCAACUGAUUGAUGAUGCUACUACUCGGGAUAGGUUUGCGACCGAGCGGAAUGUUCUAUGUUUUAAAAUGGAGGCAGCAGGACUCAUGAACCAUUUUCCAUGUCUUGUGAUCUGUGGAAUAUGCGACUACGCGGAUACCCACCAGAAUGAUGAAUGGCAGGGAUUUGCCGCAAUGACGGCGGCUUCGUACGCCAAAAGCCUUCUGUUGAUAAUCCCUUUGACCAAGGCUGAACGAAGUCAUAUCAGAGGCGGGUAGGGGUUGAGGUGUGGUAAAAAGCCUUCGGCAGAGAGCCGGAAUAUGUCUCAAUGAGAUCUAUAAUCAGAUGUCGCUCUAGAUCAACGAGAGAAUGGAGUUGCAGUAUUUGAAUGGGUACUAGCAAAUGGCGAAGGCAAACCUCCCUCGGAGCCGAUUUAUAUAGCAAAGUGUAUUUACGGCGAUGACUCGGACGUGGAAAGGGCUGUUUGUGAUGAUACACGGCUAUCCACAAAGUCAGCAUCAAACCCUUCAAUCGACAGUAAUGAGAAUAAUACAUUGGUAGAAGUUCGGGUCGGUGAUUGGAUCGAAAAU